UAGUCGCAAGACCGUCUAUCCAUAUCAAUGCUAAUUUAAUAUCAAAUUUAGUGGUGCUAAUUGGAUUUUACUUUUGUAAAGUGUGUAAUCUUUCUUCUAAUCUCUCAAAUGGGUGGAUGAGUCAUGACAUGAGUCAUUCUUUGUGUUGUGGCCCCCUACACUUUGUUGCCAUCUUUUUUUUUUUUUUUAUCUCUCUAGUGUCUUUACUUUAUGUUCUAAAUUCUAAUUUAUUUACCUUAUAUUAAUCUAAUCUUCUAUUCCUUCUAUUUUUGUGCCAUACUUAGAAAGAUCUUUUUCUUUUUUCUCAAUAUGGGGUGUUCAAUGAUUCCUUGUUCCUUUUUUGUUCUUCUUUGUAAAGUUUGUUGUAACAUGUGAAGUUUUGUAGUUGUUGAGUGUACACAUGUUUGUUUGUUUGUUAUAUGUUAUUGUCUUCUAUAUAAUGAAAUGAAACUUCAUCAUUUUUAAUCCCACCAUUUGGAUCCCCUUGAUUGGUUAAAGAUUCUCAAGGGAUUUUCAUCUAGAAUAUAUAAAUAGAAUCUUGCAAGUGAUUGUUGUAUUCAUGAUUUGAUUGAAUAUUUUGGUAUCUAGGUUUAAGAGCUUUUUUUUGUCAAUAUAGAAAAAGAGAACUUUUUGAAUGGUUUUCUAGAUACCCUUUUUUGAGAGAGUUUUGGAUCAAUAUAGAUAUGUUUCCUAUUCUCUAGCAUUUAGUGUUAUUGGUUAUAGUGGAAAAGAUAUGAAGAAUAUUCUUAAGAAGUUUCAGAUAAUGUCUAAGAAAUCAGAAAAUGAACAAGGGUUUUCUUCAUUAGAGGGAAACAAGUCCAAUCAUGGUUCAAUUUCAUCUUCUAGGAAGCUUAGUAGGAAGAGUCAUAGUUCUGCAUCUUUGAGCCAAGGAAAGGUUGAGAGGAUGGAACCAUCUGAGGCAGUGAGAAAUGUUGAUUUGAGUGUUGUUUCGGAUUCGGGUAGGCGCGAUUCUGGUUGUCGAGAAAAGGCUUCCACGGAUCCGGAAGUAGAGGAAGAGUAUCAAUUGAAGCUGGCUUUAGAGAUGAGUGCUAAGGAGGAUCCUGAGGCUGUGCAGAUUGAAGCUGUUAAGCAGAUUAGUUUGGGGUCUUGUGAUCCGGAUAAUACACCGGCGGAAAUUGUGGCAUACAGAUAUUGGAAUUACAAUGCUCUUGGUUAUGACGACAAAGUCAUGGAUGGAUUCUACGAUCUGUAUGGGAUAUUAACCGAGUCAAACGCAGCAAGAAUGCCUUCCCUUAUAGAUCUUCAAGGAAGACCGAUCUCAGGUAAUGUCACAUGGGAAGCUGUCUUAGUCAAUAGGGCUGCUGAUUCUAAUUUGUUGAAACUUGAGCAGAAAGCACUCGAGCUGACCGUCGAAUCGAGAUGUGGUUCUGAAGUAGUUAUAGAUACGAAUUUGGCUCACAAGCUUGCAGUAUUUGUGGCUGAUUAUAUGGGUGGACCAGUCGGAAAUCCUGAAAGCAUGUCAAAAGCAUGGAGAAGUCUUAGUUAUAGUCUGAAAACAACUCUUGGUAGCAUGGUUUUGCCACUUGGUUCUUUGACUAUUGGUUUAGCUCGGCAUCGCGCGUUGUUAUUUAAGGUUCUAGCUGAUAGAUUGAGUAUCUCGUCGCGGUUGGUGAAAGGACAGCAAUAUACAGGUUCUGAUGAUGUGGCAAUAAACUUCGUCAAGAUUGAUGGAAGGGAGUAUAUUGUUGAUCUAAUGGCAGACCCUGGAACUCUUAUUCCAUCUGACGCUACUGGAUCGCAUAUUGAGUAUGAUGCAUCCUUUUUUGAGGCAAGCCCUUCAUCAAGAGACCUCGAUUCGUCUCGUGUAGCAUCAUCUAGCAGUGGAGUUGGAAGUUCAUCUGAAGAAACUUCGGAUGUUGGAAUGUCGGGCAGAGGAAACAGAUCAAAACAUCACCAUGUUAAGAAGGUUAAUUCAUAUGUGCAUUCAAGAUCAUCUUCUUGGAGUGAAGGGAUCGGUUCCUCUGCCGUAAACCGAAUGAAAGCCAGAAACGUUUCGCAAUUUAUGAUCGAUACUACCAAGGAAAAUCCUCACUUGGCUAAAAAACUUCACGAUGUUUUACUCGAAAGUGGUAUUGUUCCUCCUCCAAAUUUAUUUUCUGACAUUUAUCACGAAGAAUCUGUUUUCUCAACGAAAGUAAAAGAACAUAAACAAGAAAGUGAACAUCGAGAAAUGGAAUUCGAUGAUAGUCUCGGUCCUGCUAGAUUUAAGCUUGUAGAAGGUUUAGGAACCAAUCUUCCUCUUCAUACAAAAGAAGAUGUUGGAAAAUUUAUACCAAGUCAGGUAAAAUACGGGAAAAAGAUGCCAGCUGCUGCAGCGGCAGCCGCAGCAGCCGCAGUUGUUGCAUCUUCUAUGGUAGUUGCUGUGGCAAGGUCAAACACCGACUCCAACAUCGAGCUUUCAGUCUCAGCAGCUGCUACUGCUGCAGCUGUAGUAGCAGCUACUGCUGCAGUUAACAAGUAUGAGCCGAGCAAUCGAAGUGACGCGGAUACCGAAAGUUCUGGAACGAAUUUGGGAAGAUCUGGAAGCUCAGUUGUUAGUAAUGACAGUACGAAAUCUGAUUGUUCUUUAGACGAAGUUGCUGAGUAUGAAAUUCCGUGGGAGGAAAUCACACUCGGUGAACGUAUUGGACUUGGAUCUUAUGGAGAGGUGUAUCGCGGAGAAUGGCGAGGAACUGAAGUUGCUGUAAAGAGGUUUCUAAAUCAAGAUAUAUCUGGUGAAGCACUUGAAGAAUUCAUUAGUGAGGUCAGAAUAAUGAAAAGAUUGAGGCAUCCAAAUGUGGUUCUCUUCAUGGGAGCUGUAAUCCGACCUCCCAAUCUUUCGAUUGUUACUGAAUUUCUACCUAGAGGAAGCUUGUAUAGAUUAAUUCAUCGGCCAAACAAUCAAUUAGAUGAACGAAAGCGUUUGAGAAUGGCCCUUGAUACCGCUCGAGGAAUGAACUAUUUGCACAACUGCAGUCCAGUGAUAGUACAUCGCGAUUUGAAGUCUCCGAAUCUUCUUGUUGAUAAAAAUUGGGUUGUAAAGGUGUGUGAUUUUGGCUUAUCACGUAUGAAGCAUAGUACAUUCCUUUCUUCCAGAUCAACUGCAGGCACGGCCGAGUGGAUGGCUCCCGAAAUGUUGAGAAAUGAACCGUCAAAUGAAAAGUGUGAUGUCUAUAGCUUUGGGGUCAUAUUAUGGGAGCUAUCUACUUUGCAGCAACCUUGGAGAGGUAUGAAUUCCAUGCAAGUUGUUGGUGCCGUGGGUUUCCAAUACCGCCGUCUUGACAUUCCAGACGACAUGGAUCCUGCCAUUGCCGAUAUUAUCAGAAAAUGCUGGCAGACAGAUCCUAAAGAAAGACCUACAUUUGCUGAGAUAUUGGCAGCUCUAAAGCCGUUACAGAAGCCAAACGUCGGUUCUCAAGUGCCUCGACCGACUGUGUCCGGCAGGCACAGAAAAGAUCAAUCAUCUGCUGCAGAAAGAUAGGAAACAACCAUACAAUGAUACAACUAACUAAAUCUUUGUUAAUUUUGCUAAUAAAAAAAUGGAGAACUUUGCUGUACAGUACUUUAUAAAAUGAAAAAAUGUGAGUGCUUUUCUUUGUUUUUUUCA